AUGACGCAAGUUCUCCCUCAAAUACAAGUUCGAUUUACAACAAACCAGAGGCAAUAUAUAGUGACAGAUUCUGCGAUACUCGUUCCUACAAACUUACGUCGUUAUGGAUUAUCGGAAAUCAUUAAUCAUUUGUUGGGUACAGAAAAGCCAAUUCCGUUUGAUUUUAUGAUAAAUGGCGAAUUUCUGAGAUCUAGCCUUGACGAGUAUCUAAAAAUUGCUGGGCUAUCGACGGAAACAACUCUUACUCUCGAGUAUGUAGAAUCGAUCCUUCCACCACGAGAGCUGUCUGCAUUUCAACACGAUGACUGGAUAAGUUCGGUUAAAAUCGAGCAGAGCAUGAUAGUCACUGGCUCAUAUGAUAAUAAGAUCAGAAUAUGGAACACAUCUGGUGAAUGCAAACAGACGUUCAGCGGACAUGAUGCACCAGUAAAGAGUAUCGACUUGUAUUGUGUACAAGGCGAACGCACUAUCUGUGUGUCUGCGUCACAGGAUCGGACAGUUCGCGCAUGGUCGAUAUUAGAAGAGGAUUAUAAUGAUAGAUGCGGACUGAUGUAUGAAUGUAGAGGACAUAAAGGUAGCGUGGAAUGUGUUAGAUUCGAUGCGCAUGGUAAUCAGGUUGCAUCAGCAUCAGCAGAUUCAACAAUAAACCUGUGGAAUACACUUCCGCCAGAUGAGGACGAGUUAGUAACACCCGAAACCAGUCACAUAUCAAGGGAGAAACCUGAAAUCUAUGUCAAAAAACCAGAAGCAACUCUGCUCGGACAUACAGGUCCAGUACAGGCAAUCGUAUAUGAUGAUGAAUAUGGGUCUAAUAGACUAUACAGUGGUGGAUGGGAUCAUUCUGUAAGAAUGUGGGACGUUGAAUCACGAGUUAAUGUGGAUACCAAAAACUCGGAUAAAGUCAUUCUAUGCAUAGCAUAUUCCGACGUAAAUCUAACAAAGAUUACCCUAUCGUCACACCAAAAUUGGGUAUCGUCACUCACAUGGUCACCCGUCUCAGCAUACAUACUAGCAUCUGCGUCGUACGACGGUACAUUGAAAAUAUGGGACAUAAGAAGUAAGACUCCAUUAUAUACACUCAGUCAGAGGGAUAAUAGCAAGAAGUUAUUCUGUGUAGAUUGGAAUAAUGGCAUCAUAGUCAGUGGAGGAGAAGAUUGUCAAUUACGAGUUUACAGUGGAGACAAAAUACAUGGAGAAAGUGUGAGUAGCGAGUGA